ACAAAAGAAAAAUAAGUAUUAGGAUACAAUAUAAAAUGUUUACAACUGCCGUUACGGCUACCACAGAAAACAAACUUAAAAAAGGAAAAUGUCCAGAUUUUUCGAUAACCCGUAUGAUGAGUACAACGAGUCGAUACACGGAACAGAGACGACAACUAUUGUUAACAAGGAUUUGGUUGUACAAUUAGUAAAAGAUUUUACUGCAACCAUUCUAACUGAAACUAAAAAGAGUAAUUAUAAACUUAGAGAUGAUCUGUAUGUUGGCGAAGCCGGAAUUGCAUUCAUGUUUUGGAAACUGAGUCGAUCGCGAGAGUUCAAACAUUUGUUUCCUUGCUUGGAACAUGCAUCUUCAUAUAUUCAACGAGCAUACGAAAUUUCAGAGUCUAAACCUUCUGAAGAUAGUUCGAGUAUAGCUGCUUUUUUAUGUGGGAAAUCCGGAAUAAAUGCUGUCUCUGCAGUUAUAUCACAUGAUCUGGGUAACCAUGACGAGUCCAGACGUCUCAUUGCAGACUUUUUGAAAGGACACGUCAUAUGUAACGAUAACUGUAAAGCAGAUGAAAUGUUGGUUGGUAGAGCGGGUUAUCUAAGUGGUGCUUAUUGGUUAAAUCAGUCGUUACCAACAAAACCGAUUAAGAAUGAAGUAAUACAAGAUGUAUGCCAAACCAUAAUUAAGCGCGGAAGGGGAUAUUCACGUGCUAGACGGUAUCCUCUUCCUUUAAUGUAUGCAUACCACGAAAGCGAUUAUUUGGGAGCAGCACAUGGACUGUGUGCCAUUUUACACAUGCUACUCGAAUCUCCUUGGUUUAUGAAGAUAGGUUGUGAGUUCAACAAUAUAUCAGUAACUAAACUCAACGACAUAAAAGCAUCAGUUGAACAUUUUCUGUUAAUUCAGGAUGCAGAUGGCAAUUUUCCAACAAAAUACUAUAAUUCGAAUAAAAAAUUGAUUCACUGGUGCCAUGGAUGCGCGGGAGUAAUCUACCUACUAGCAAAAGCCUAUCUUAUUUUCAAUGAAGACAAAUACUUGGAAGCUGCACGUAAGUGCGCUGAUCUUAUUUGGGGUCAAGGGCUGUUGCGUAAAGGACCAGGAAUUUGCCAUGGUGUAGCAGGAAACGGAUACGCUUUCUUGCUGAUGUUUCGCUUAACACGGGAGAACAAAUACUUGUACCGAGCAGCUAAAUUCAUGGAGUUCUUAACUACUGAUACAUUCAAAAAUGGUGCACGAAAGCCUGAUCGCCCGUAUAGCUUAUAUGAGGGAUUGGCCGGAACAGUGUGUUUUCUAGUAGACUUAUUGCAGCCAUCUGUAGCGCACUUUCCGUUUAUGGAUGUGUUUGAUGUGAAAUACAAUGAAAUUUAAAUCUUAUCAAUAAAACACAGUUGUUUAUCAAUUUGUAAAGGAGCAACAGCUUGAUCUUUUUGGCUGACUUCAAUUUAU